AUGGUUUUCAAGUUCAUUAAUAAUCUUGUUCCAGACUACCUUGCAAAUAAGUUUAAGCUAUGUUCUUGUGUUCAAGACUGGCAAACUCGAUCAGCAAGUACCCUGGAUAAACCCUUUUGCUGCCUGUCAACUGGUCAGAGAUCUUUUGCUUAUAAAGGAGCGAAACUGUGUAACUCAUUAUGCAGCAAUCUUAAGUGUUUAUAAUGUCCCAAGGAAUUUACGUUUCAAUGUACUUAGCUGUGUUACGAGUGAUCGUUAAGUGGAAAUGAUUGUCUGUAGCUAAACAGAACGCAGGGAUGUCGGAACAACAACAAAGAUGAUUUAUUCCAAAUCGUCACAGUAAAUACUGAUAUACGUUUUCUGCCAAACUUCAAAUAAUCACAACCGCCGUUAAACUCAACCUCAGUCACACUUUUGAGUAACCUCUACCUCCGUCACACUACUUAGCUUGUGAAAAACAAAUAAUACUUAACAGCAUGAGAUUCUGGAACUUUCCGGCCAACCUAAUUAUAGUAGCAUUCCAACGUUUUACUAUUUACAGCAUUUUACACGGACUUGAAAAACUAUCGAUGCGCAGUGAUGCGAAACUGAUUAAAUAUUCAAGAAACUUCAAGGCUUAAAUAAGCAUACUAACGAAACUUCUGAACAGUUAAGCGACAAUUUUACGUAGCAAGCUGCUAUUAGGUUAAUUUCAUCAUUCAAUAUUUUUAUUCCUUUGAUAUAUAAAUAUAUUUAGCUGUAACUAUAGUUCUAUAUUCUUCAAUUUUAGUUUUAUUUCUUUUAACCUUUAUAUUGUUGCUGAAAAAAUCAUUCAGGGAGCUUCAAUAAAGGUCUGUAUCUGUAUCUGUAAUUUCAGUCUUCUAUUUUGCGCAGACAUCUAAAGGGUGGAUUGCGCAGGAAUAUUGCUAAUGAGUACAAGUGCACCUGUUCCGAUGGAUACACCGGCAGCCAUUGUGAACAAGGGGGGUGGACGGCUUUUUUAGACUUAAGCACAUAAGAUGUUUAUUUUGUUUUUAUCCAUCCUCAUGAAAUGAAAUGGCACGCACUUUUGAAGUAAUACCACAAUGCUCUCUGAUAUGCAGAUGUUGUUUGUACUUUGCUGAUAGGUCUAAUCUUUUCAGUGUGUUAGUUCUCAGCACGAGCUGCCGUGCUAUGUUUCAACUCCUUGACAGCUUAUAUACUGUGGACGAAAAUAACAACAUUGUUUAUAUAAGCUAUCUAAAAUUAGUUCACUUUCCGGCCUGGGUAGACUUUAAAUUUUUCCAACUCAAUGCUUGUGACUCUUUGAAUUUUUAGCGUUUGUGUACUUACCUUGAAUCCGAAGGUAUCACCCAAACGAAGGCGACUUCACUGAAACCUAACCUAACUUCUUUGACAUUGCAAUCCGUAGGAUGCUAAGCUUACAGAAUAAAAGAUUUAAAGGUGAAUCCUGAUAGUCGGCUAUUAUGCAAGUAUAUGUAUAGCGAUAUGAGAGAAAAGAGUUUUCAUUUGCGGCAACCCAAUAAGAUGCCAAGAGUUUAGAAAGAUCAGCUGCCUAUCUAUGCAGAAUAUGACUGGAAGUCGAAUCGCAUUUAUCCCCAACUCAAGUGUAACUGGCUAUGUGUAGUUUACUACAAAGUGUGUUUUAUUUAUGAGAAUAAGUGUUGGUUACGAAGAGAGUUUUUCUUUUAAGAAAAUAAGCGCUGAAUAAAUUAUAAAGAAACUUCUGGAUAUCCAUUACUAUUUCAAAAACGGCAUUGAAGCUUCUAUAGUUCACAAUAACAUUUUAAUAAUAACAAUCGAUAAUCUGAAUCUGAAAUUUUAACUAAAUAUAAAUUAUUAACUUCACGGCGGCAAUGAAGCUUCUAGAGUUGACAAGAAAAUUUAAAUCACAACAACUGAUGAACAAGAUUUGAAUUUUAACGGAAGUCAUAAUUCACCAUUUUUUUGUUUUUAUUUUUCUUUCCUUGAAUAAGUUGAUAUAUUUCAUUGUUUAUUCAGACAGAAAUAACUGACAAAAUUAACACUUCGUACGGACAAAUAUGUCUAACAUAUAAUGAACGAUUACAAUAUUAAUUAUUCUAGAAAUAAAGAGAGAUGGUAAGUUUUUGAGCUCGAUAAAGAUAUAGAGAAAGAUGUUUUUUCGUCAUAUCACGAGCGUGGGACAAAGAAAAAAAAGAAAAAAUUCUGAGUUCCCAUAAGGAGUCAAACCUCAGACCUUCGGAUUAGGCGCUCCGAUGCUCGAAAAUUUAUCAUCUCUCUUAUUUAUAUCAACAAACAUUACGCUUUUAGACAUUGCUGACCUCAGCAGUAUGCAGGACGCUUGUCAUAUGAAUGUCGUAAUAGACUUCGUUCACCGUGGAGUCUCUGUUGCUCAGUGGUUAGAGCAUCGGAGCGCAGGAUCCAAAGGUCUCCGGUUCGAUUCCUCAUUGGUACUCGGAAUUUUUUCUUUGUCGCACGCUCGUGACAAGAAGAAAAAACAUCUUUCUAACCCUAACCCUAACCCUAAGAGCAUCCUUUCCACUUGACUAUAAUUAGAAAAAAAUUUUAUAAACGUCUCUGAACUCUUUUUAUAUUAAUUGAGAUAUUUUCGAAUCUUUUACAAAACUGCGUGUACGCACCGAAGGCAAAGUCUCGACCGAAAUAAUAAUAAUAAUAAUAAUAAUAAUAAUAAUAAUAAUUUAUUACUUAUAUAGUGCAAAAUACAUGUGGAUAUGAUCUAAGGCGCUGUUUAUCUAAUGCGCUAAGAAAAAAAAACAAAUGAAUUUUUUCUGUGACUAAAGGCUUCACGCUCAAAAUAUUUCAUCUGGCAAGCCUGAUAUCCUGUUGUUUGCCAGAGAGACCCUCGAUGCGUUUCAGUCUAUUACUCUUAUUUAUGAUAAUAUGUGUUGGUUACGAAGAGAGUUUUUUUUAAAGACAAUAAGUGACGAUUAAAUUAUAAAGAAGCUGCCGGAUACCAAUUACCAUUUCAACAACGGCAUUGAUGCUUCUAUAGUUCACAACAACAUUUGAAUGUUAGCAAUUGAUAAAGUGGAUCUGAUAUUUUAACUAAGUAUCAAUUAUGAACUUCACAAAGACAAUGAGGCUUCUUGAGUUGACCAGAAAAUUUAAAUGACAACAACUGAUAAACUAGAUUUGUAUUUUAAGGGAAGGCGAAAUUCACAAUUUUUUUUGUUUUGUUUUGUUGUUUUUUUUUCAUUCCUUGAAUAAGAUGAUAUAUUUCAGUGUUUAUUCAGACAGAAAUGGCUGACGUUAUUAACACUUCGCACGGACAAAUACGUCUCUUUAACAUAUAAUGAACGAUUGCAAUAUCAAUCAUUCUUUUAUUCAGCUCUCAGAGCAUUCUUUCCACUUGACUAUAAUUGGAAAAAAAUUUUUUAUAAACGUCUCUGAACUCUUUUAAUAUUAAUUGAAAUAUUUUCGAAGCUUUUACAAAGCUGCGUGUACGCACCGAAGGCAAAGUUUAAGAAAAAAAAAAACAAUUGAAUUUUUUUUUGUGACUUAAGGCUUCACGCUCAAAAUAUUUCACCUGGCAAGCCUGAUAUCCUGUGGUUUGCCAGAGAGACCCUCGAUGCGUUUCAGUUUAUUACUCUUAUUUAUGAGAAUAUGUGUUGGUUACGAAGAGAGUUUUUUUUUAAGACAAUAAGUGACGAUUAAAUUAUAAAGAAGCUGCCGGAUACCAAUUACCAUUUCAACAACGGCAUUGAUGUUUCUAUAGUUCACAACAACAUUUGAAUGAUAGCAAUUGAUAAAGUGGAUCUGAUAUUUUAACUAAGUAUCAAUUAUUAACUUCACAAAGACAAUGAGGCUUCUUGAGUUGACCAGAAAAUUUAAAUGACAACAACUGAUAAACUAGAUUUGUAUUUUAAGGGAAGGCGAAAUUCACAAUUUUUUUUGUUUUGUUUUGUUGUUUUUUUUUAUUCCUUGAAUAAGAUGAUAUAUUUCAGUGUUUAUUCAGACAGAAAUGGCUGACGUUAUUAACUCUUCGCACGGACAAAUACGUCUCUUUAACAUAUAAUGAACGAUUACAAAAUUAAUCAUUCUUUUAUUCAGCUCUCAGAGCAACCUCUCCACUUGACUACGAUUGGAAAGAAAAAUAUUAAAUAAACGUCUCUGAACUCCUUUUAAAUUAAUUGAAAUAUUUUCGAAGCUUUUACAAAGCUGCGUGUACACACCGAAGGCAAAGUCUCGACUGGGAAAAAAACGAAAUGAAUUUUUUUCUGUGUGGUGUUCUAGUUGGGUCAUUAAUAUCUGAAAUCGAAGUAUCUCAGGCAGUUCUUUGUAAGGAAGCGUCUCUUUCUUAUCCUGUGAUGACUCGCAAUCAUCGCCGACUUAAAGGCUUCACGUUCAAAAUAUUUCACCUUGCAAGCCUGAUAUCCUGUGGUUUGCUAUGUCAGAGAGACCCUCGAUGCGUUUCAACAAAUUUCAGAAACGUUUUCAAAACGACAAAGGAGUUCUCCUUACUGAGAAAGGAAACGAAUUGAAAUACGACGAAGAAGCAAUUUACACCCAAUUUUACGACACGAAGGUAACAAAAAAAAUUCUCGAAAAAAGACCAAGAAGAAGGUGUUAUUGAUUCCUCGAGAAACUUGUCUUUCAUUCGUGGUAUCUUUCUCAUAAAAUCUUCAUAUUUCGACGAAAGAUGUGAAAACUUUCCAUCUGUCAUAUUUUUCUUUGAAUGUUUUUAUCGUUUGGUUUUAAAAUAGUUUGACGUGUAUGCGGGUAAAAUGGUGGUUUUUUAUCUUUUUUCUUUAAAGGCGAAUGGACCACAUUUCACUGAAUGCUGAUAAUCAAAAUGUUGUACUGUCGUUUAAAGUAAAAUGAGAAAUUUUUCCUAAGUAGGAAUUUAAAUCUCGAUAUCAUUGGAGUCAAUAUAUGCAAACUGCUCCGAAGCUCAAUAAGGUUAAAUAUAGUUUAAGUUGAAAGUUCUUAAAUAAAUUCAGGUGGACCGAAAGUAGGUCAUACGGAUUUAGUACACAGAAUUAGUCUAGUCAUACCUGGUCGGACACCUUGAAAACAAAGGACGGAAGGAACUUCAGGGUUUCGGCAUUUAAGAAUAGGUGUGAUUUCUGCCAUUUUCCAUGCACGUGCGAACGUGUUGGUGGUGAAAGAGGUGUUUACAAUGUGAGUUAUUGUCGCAAGUGUGAAAGGAAGGCUGCAGGUCUUUUUAUAUUCUAGAAGAUAUUUUGUCCAUUCCUGCAGCCUUGUUAGACGGUAAUAUUCUGAUCACUUUUUGUACAUGACUUUGCGUGGCCUCCUAACUUUGGAUAAUUUUUGACUGCUGUGGAAGAAACAAGAGCAGGGGGUAGCACUUCGAAAUUGAAUUGAACUCGUUUUGUGAAGUCAACUCACUUGCUUUUAUGGUAGUCAGGCUACCAACAGAAGUGAAAAAUUCGUUUAGUCUAUUAGCUAAGCCAGUGAGAUCUUCAAAACCCAUGGAGCCAUCUUGAUUCUUACGAAGCAGACAACGAUGAAUGAUUUUCCAGAUAGAGUUAGAUUUCCUUUACUCUCCAGAAUUUGAGCCCUGACGUAAGCUUUUUCAGCUAUUCGGAUCUCCCUAUUAACUUCUUAACGAAAAAAUUUGUAACCAUUCCAGUGAAGGGGAUCCUUUGUUUUCGAAGCAAGUUUGCGCCAUUGGUCGCGUGUUCUCAUCAGUUGUCGAAUUUCGUGCGUGAUAAAUGGAUUAGGUUUGGAUCUAAUUUUAACCAUUGUGACCAGUGCGUGAUGAUUUAGGACUUCCAAGAACAAGUCAUUGAAUGCGUCAACCUGAUCGUUUAAGUCGUCAAAUAGACUAAUUAUAUGAAAAGGCGUGAGGGAGAGGUCAUGUAGAAAGUUGUCGACUUUGUAAUUUCUGUAGCUUCUGAUAGUUACGUAAGAGUGCUAGAUUCUUGGCUUUUUUGGCUUCAGUGUUAUAUUUACGAGGUUGUGGCCCACAACUGUCACGGCAAAACAAAAAGUCACGGCACUACAAACUUAUCUCACGGCAAAACAAAAUUAUCUCACGGCAAAACAAAAUUAACUCACGGCAAAACAAAAUUAACUCACGGCAAAACAAAGAAAACGAGUUGGUCCGCGGUUGGUCAGCGGUUGGUCAGCUGUUGUUAUUUGCAUCUGAAAUGCUACGUCGUGUAACUGUAAACAAACGAAAUGGCGACCUUUGUUGCUAAGAAUAGUGGUGGGGUGAAAGAAGUAAUCUAAAAAAGUCUAUGUUUAUUCGUUUUAGUUUCAACAAGCGGCGCCAGCGACUGACAGGCGUGCGAGGAUUCACAAUGAAAUAAGAGAACAACCUUCGUUUUGCGUAAAAUUGUAAUUUACAGUCCUUGAACUUAAAAACAAUCCGAAGAAAAAGACAAAUCCCUCGAGAAAAAGAUUUUCCAUCGGGUUGAAAAUGUUAUAAAACAAUUGGUUCAUACGUCAGCUGUGCGUUCAUCAAGAUAUGGAGCACUUGGGAAGUUUGAAGAGCACGAAAGAUGCGUAAGAGUUGCUCGAGGCGUAGCCGAGAGCAACUCCAGCUUCUUGAGUGCCAAUUGUUAAUGAAAGCAAAUAGAACUGCAUUAAUUAUCAACUCAGUUGUAACUGGACAUAUUUUGUCUGCGAGAAGUGUUCUAUUUGCUUUCAAAUUUGUGAUGUCUAAACUCUGAGCAUUUCAUUUCGUUUCCUACGAUGAAAACUAUUUUGUUUCAUCACUCUAUAGCUCGCAGCCAUCGCCGAUUAUCAGUUGUUAUCACUUAAAUGUUAUUUUGCCUUGAUGCAGUUGUUGACAUAAUAACUGGUGCCUAGAAGUUUCUUAAACAUUUAGUGAGUAUCAUAUUAUUUUUCAGCUCAGUUGUAACUGAGUACAUUUUGUCUGUGAGAAGUGUUUUUUUUAAAGAGUGUCUUUUUAAAGAGGUUAAGUACUUAAUAAAUCAUUCAGAAACUUCUACAGUGGAUAACAAUAAUAAUAUCUCAACAACUACAUCGACGAGUCCAUAGCUAACAGGAAAGGCUAUAUGAUAAGAACUGACAAACUAAAAAAAUUUAAUGAACGACGGGGUCAUUUUUUAUUUUAAAUCUCUGAAUCAAAUAAGAUCUUUGUUCAUUCAAAAAGAAAUGGCUGACGAGAUUAAAACUUCAAGCGGACAUGUCAUCUUCUUUAACAUCUAAUUAAAAUUGAUAUCGUAUUGUUAUCCAGCUUUCGUGCAUCCUUUCAAUUAGCCUGUCGAUUCGGCGGCUAUGAUUGGUAAGAUAAAUGAUUAAAAUCUCCAAAUUUUAUGUAAAUUAUUUAAUAUCAUUCCCUUGUUGACUUCUGAUGAAAACGCCUGCGACACAAUUACAAAGCUAAGGAGUACGCAUACCUUAGACGAGGUCAUCACCAGAAAAUCAAAAUGAAUUUUACUCUGUGUGCUGGACUUAUCAUGUUCUUAAUGUCCGAAGUCGUAGCAUCUCAAGCAUUUCUCAAGCAAUCAUCUCUUUCUUAUCCAGUGAUAACUUACAAUCAUCGCCAACUUAAAGGCUUCACGUUCAAAACAAUUCACUCUGCAAGCCUUGUAUCCUGUGGUUUGCUAUGUCAGAGAGACCCUCGAUGCGUUUCAACAAAUUUCAAAAACGUUUUCAAAAGUCAGGGAACCUGUGAGUUGAACGACGGAGGAGUUCUCCUCACUGAGAAAGGAAACCAACUGGAAUACAACGAAGAAGCAAUUUACACCCAAUUUUACGACACGAAGGUAAAAAAGGUCUUGAAAGAAGACAAAGAAGAAGUUGUUAUUGAUUUCUCGAGACACUUGUCUUUCGUUCGUGUUAUCUUUCCAAUAAAAUCUUCAUAUUUCGACGACAGAUGUGAAAACUUUCCAUCUGUCAUAUUUUUCUUUGAAUGUGUUUAUCGUUUGGUCCUAAAGUAGUUUGACGUGAAUGCGGCUAAAAUGGUGGUUUUUCAUCUUCUUCUCUUAAAGGCGAAUAGACUUCAUUUCAUUGAGUGCUGAUAAUCAAUAUGUUCUACGGUCAUUCAAAGAAAAAUAAGCAAUUCUUCCAGAUAACUGGUAAUUUAAAUCUCAGUAGCAUUGGAGUCAAUAUCUGCAAACUGCUUCGAAGCUCAAUAAAAUUAAAUAUAUUUAAGUUGAGAGUUCUUAAAUAAAUUCAGGUGGACCAAAAGUAGGUCAUACGGAUUUAGUGCACAAAAUUCAGUAUGAAAUUUAGCUUGAAGCUAAAACUUUCAAGAUGUAUCUAAAGGCCUUCAUUUAGCUCACUAGCGCAGUUUCCAUAGGGUGAUGAACCUGGAGGACGUAUUGAUUACCCGAUUAAAUGAAAAAUGAAUGAUUUCUUAUGUUUUCAGCACAACUGUCUGGCCUUUAAGGAAGAUUUAAAAGUCGUCAACUGCAAAUGUAAGUAGCGUUGAUUUGAAAGGUAUUCUUGAGAUUAAUGUUAACGACUUCAUUUUUAAAUCACAAUGAGUUACUUGUCCCUGCUGCUUCUUGUCUCUCCGCCAAUAGGUGCGGAGUCUGCCGUCCUCGCGAACCUUCGCACACCUUCGCAAACAUUCCCGAACCUGCUUGAAACAUUCUGAUUCUUACAGCUUUCUUGAAAGUCCUCGAAUGCUCUCAAAAAAAUUGUCAAGGAGAAUGUUGCCUAGGUUACUUCUAAAUCAAAGUGGAAAUCAAGCCUUAAAUUCCCACGAGUGACCAAGACAGAAUUUCUCCUUACAAUAACCAAACAACAUCAAUCAGACAGGUGAUGAGAAUAAUGAAAGAUAAGUUUGAGGAUUUUUUAGUUGAUCCAGUACCAAAUUCUCAUAACUAGCAUCAUAAGAAUUGUAUAGCAGACAGUAAGGAGAAUUAAUAAUGAGAUCUUGGGCACUGAAGGGUUAUUCACAGCUUCAAAUGCUGAUGUGCCUACGAAAUGCAUCGCGAAAACAUGAUAGCGUUGAGUCGUCAAUAUAGAAAGCAAUUUAAACAUAUCCAGAAAUUAGACAAGGCAAACUUCAGGGAUCCAAAAACCAUUGGAUACUCCAAAGGUGCCGCAGCAAACUUUAACCGUUUCCGGUUUCUAUUACAAUUUUCAUUUGUAAUAGAGCUUUGACCAUCACUUGUAAGUCGGAGAGAUUUAACUCACGCGAAAGUUUUUAUCGUUGUCAAAUUUUUUUAUUAUAAUGCUUGAGAUAAAGUGGAAAGGUGAAACUGCACUUGCUUUUAAAUUUCUAUUCAACCGUUUUCAAAAUCCUCCUUUAUUUCUAUCCAACCGUUCUCAAAAUCCUCCUUUAUUCCAUGAUAAACAAAUCAAUGUCUGUGCGAUUGCAUUUCUCUGUCUCAAUUUCAGGUGCGGAAUCACCAAAAGCCCCAGUUCCCCUCGGCAUGGAAAGCGGUGCUAUUUGUGACUCACAGAUCACCGCUUCCUCCGUGUAUAAUGGUAGACAUGCUGCACCAAAUGCUAGAUUACAUUUCAAAGGAUCCGAAAACCCGGUUAGACGUGGUGGCUGGGUAGCUAAAUUUAAAAACUCCAACCAAUGGCUGCAAGUGGAUCUUCAGCAAACCACAAGGGUAAUAGGCAUUGCGACGCAGGGGAAACGUGAGACAAAGCAGUGGGUUACUAAAUACAAGCUACAAUAUGGCGAUGAUGGACUAUCUUUCAGAGUUUACAAGCGAAACGGAGACAUAUCAGACACGGUAUGA